GUGAAAAGAAGUGAGGAGUGGCCAGAAAGGCCACUGAGAUAUGACUAGGGAAUACGCAGCAGUUAGGGAUCCUCGAGUGCGCGGUAAAGACAGGCGCGCAAGCAAGAGAAGACCCAAGUGGGACGAGAAAUAAAUGGCUACUGGGCAGGAUCGAGUGGUUGCUCUUGUAGAUAUGGAUUGUUUUUUUGUCCAAGUGGAACAACGACAAAAUCCUUAUUUGAGGAAUAAACCUUGUGCAGUCGUACAGUACAAAUCAUGGAAAGGUGGUGGAAUUAUUGCAGUGAGUUAUGAAGCACGUGCAUUUGGGGUCACUAGAAACAUGUGGGCAGACGAUGCUAAGAAGUUAUGUCCAGAUCUUUUACUGGCACAAGUUCGUGAAUCUCGUGGGAAAGCCAACCUCACCAAGUACCGGGAAGCUAGUGUUGAAGUCAUGGAGAUAAUGUCUCAGUUUGCUGUGAUUGAACGUGCCAGCAUUGAUGAGGCUUAUAUAGAUCUGACCAGUGCUGUGCAAGACAGACUUCAAAAGUUACAAGGUCAGCCUAUCUCAGGAGACUUGUUACCAACCACUUACAUUGAAGGGUUGCCCCGAGGCCCUCCAGUAGGAAAGAAUAUCCAGAAAGAGGAAAUUCGAAAACAAGGCUUACUUGAGUGGCUGGGCUCUCUUCCGACUGCCGAUGCCUCCUCUCCAGACCUACAGUUGACUGUGGGGGCGGUGAUUGUGGAAGAAAUGAGAGCGGCCAUAGAGAGGAAGACUGGCUUCCAGUGCUCAGCUGGGAUCUCACACAAUAAGGUCCUGGCAAAACUCGCUUGUGGACUAAACAAGCCAAACCGCCAGACUCUGGUCUCACAUGGGUCAGUCCCACAGCUCUUCAGCCAGAUGCCAAUUCGUAAAAUCCGCAGUCUUGGAGGAAAGCUCGGGGCUUCUGUCAUUAAGAUCCUUGGGGUAGAAUACAUGGGUGAACUGACCCAGUUCACCGAAUCCCAGCUACAGAGUCAUUUUGGAGAGAAGAAUGGAUCGUGGCUGUAUGCCAUGUGCCGAGGGAUUGAACAUGAUCCAGUUAAACCCAGGCAGUUACCUAAAACUAUUGGCUGUAGUAAGAACUUCCCAGGGAAAACGGCUCUGGCUACUCGGGAGCAGGUACAGUGGUGGCUCUUGCAGUUAGCCCUGGAACUUGAGGAGAGACUAACCAAAGACCGAAAUGAUAAUGACAGGGUAGCCACUCAGUUGGCUGUCAGUAUUCGUGUACAAGGAGACAAACGUCUUAGCAGCCUGCGCCGUUGCUGUGCCCUUACUCGCUAUGAUGCUCAUAAGAUGAGCCAGGAUGCAUUUGCUGCCAUCAGGAAUUGUAAUACUUCUGGAAUCCAAACUGAGUGGUCCCCUCCCCUCACAAUGCUCUUCCUUUGUGCUACCAAAUUCUCUGCCUCUGCCUCUGCCCCUUCAGCUUGCACAGACAUCACCAUCUUCUUAAGUAGUGACUCAAGUUGUCAGCCAAAGGUGCCAACUGCUGGCUCUGAAACUAAGAGCCAGGGAACUAGUUCAGCUUUGCCCACCUCUAAAAAGGCAGCCAGCUCUCUGGAGUCUUUUUUCCAAAAGGCUGCCGAAAAGCAGAGGCUGAAAGAGCCUUCUCCUGCACCUGUCAACACGACUACAGACAAGUCUCCACCCAAGCCCUCUCUACCAUUCCAAACCAGCCGGACUACAGGAAUUGAGCCUUUCUUUAAGCAGAAGAGGCUGCUGUCACAGCAGACACAGCUUAGUAAUUCUUCAGCUCCUUACCUUCCACAGAAGGACUCGGAAGUGACACCACGCUGUUUUCCAACUGAGAGCUCAGAACGCGGUCCUCUUUAUGAAAGAGGGUCGAAGCCAGUAUCCUCUAGAGAAGUUUCCACAGAAAUGGAUGUGGCUGGGGACAGUCCAAACAUACGUGAGUCUUCAAUGCACAAUUCUGAGGAGGUGGCCCAAAGGGCAGCUGAAGACCAAGUGCUCUGUGAGAAGUGUGACUCCCUGGUUCCAGUGUGGGACAUGCCAGAACACACAGACUACCAUUUUGCAUUGGAGUUGCAGAAGUCUUUUGUGCAGCCUUCUUCUUCAAAACCCCAAACUGUACCUGCCAUGUCUCCUCAAGGCAAAAGAAAUCCCAAGAGCCCUUUGGCUUCCAGUAGUAAACGCCUUAGGCUCCAUGGCAUGCAGACACUGGAGUCAUUUUUUAAGCCACUGACACAUUAAUGCUACCCUCAGGGUUGCAGGGGAGCUUUACUAUUUUAUUUGUAACUUGACAGAGGGAAUCAUGUUGACUUAUGAAAUUUUUAAUACAAAAUUAGGUUAAGUUUCUCUCUUCAAUGGGAUUCUAAUCCUGUUGCAGAUCAAAAUGUUUUUAAUCUUCAGAGAGACACUUUCAUAAAAGGUGAAAGGAACCUUAGCAAAAUCGAUAAAAUUGAAGACCAUAUGUGAUGUGUUUAGGGAUGUAACUCAAGAGAUACAGCCCACACAAAAGAAAAGCCAAAGUCCUAACUUAAAAUUGGAACAGAAAGGGAAAAAAAAUGGGGUUGGGAAUACAGUUGGUGGAACACUGGCCUAGGACAGCACAUGCAAGGCCCUGUGUUCAAUUCCCAGUACUGGAAGACAAAAACAAAACAAAAAACAGUACUAUAAACAUGGGCAAAUUCAAAAGGCUAAAUAAUGGAUUUAUUAAAUAUAAUGGAUUUAAUAAAUAACUUUUUAAAUUUACUUAUUUUAUGUACAUUGGUGUUUGGCCUGCAUGUAUGUCUGUGUGUGUGUCAGAUCUUGGAGUUACAGCUGCCAUAUAUGGGUGCUGGGAAUUGAACCUGGGUCUUCUGAAAGAGCAGUCAGCACUCAACCUCUGAGCCACCUCUCCAGCCCCUUAAUAAAUUUUUAAUGAGACAUGUCUUCCUCAGUCAUCCAGGUAUUGGAAUUUACUCUUUUGUUAUAUAUGAAUCCAGGUAGUAGGUUAAAUGACUAGGAAGGCAGCAUGCACAUCUCUCUUCCCAUACAUAAAUACAAAUCAAUUUCAUCUUAUUUAUAAAUUGGAUCUUUGGAUCUUACUUCAGGGGUUUGAAAUCCGCUUUUUACUGGGAAUGACCCUUUCCUUUGGAGUUACUGUGGCUUUUCCUUAGCUGGGUUAGUAGCUUCUUGGAGGCAGGAAUUCCUGCACUGCCUUGCACAUAAAAUGUUCUUCAUGUUGGUUCAAUGUAUGUAGUAAAAAAUUGUACAUCUGGUUGCCCAUACUAGGACAAUAAAAAUGCAUUAUUU